CUUAUGGGAUACGCUUGAUUUAUAUAUAAACACCUCCCGGGACCAGCGUUAUAUGUACAGUCUAUCUAUGGUGUUGGCAGAGUUGACACGUGACUAAAUUAUAUUCACCAAGCACUUCUACCAGCGCCAUACUUCUACUGCCUGAUUGGUCUACUGCGCAAGUGCGCCCUUGGAUUUCAGAUGUUUUGGUCGUCGAGAUGGUAAGUGUCAACUUCCUUAGGUAACAUUGUCUUUUUUUUAGAAAGCAUUCCUUAUUACUUGCAUGUGAACCAAUAUUGCUAUCUCGCAUUUAUUUUCAGCAUCGACAUGGCAUUUUUGCUCAGGUGCAUUCAGUAACCCGCCCCUCAUCUGACAACGGGAGCAGUGCCGUUGGUCCCGUGCAUUGUACCCGCUCAAAGUCACGGAGAGAGAUUAAUGAGGCAGUAGAAGGAGGCGAUACCAUACAAGAAAGUGCUGGUAACGUAGAAAGUAGUAUGCCUGUCAAGCAGCAUAUUGCAUGGAGAAAGAAGGCUGAGAUGCUCCAGUCUCGGGUGGAUGAGCUAGAGGAGGAAAAUGGCAUACUCAAGCAGCAGCUUGAGGACAAGAACUCUAUACAAGAGCAAGAUGGGAACUGGGAAGUAAUGGCCACUGGAGAUAAGGAGCCGGAGCCCAUGAGGUUGGACUCCAGCACGGAUUCCAGCAACGAUUCCAGCACUGACUCCAGCACUGACUCAAGCUCUGACUCAAGCUCUACCUCUGACUCUUCUGAUGAGGGAAAGAAGAAAAAGAAGCAGAAGAAGAAAGGCAAGAAGAGAAGCAAAAAAGGGAAGAAGGAAAGCAAAAAAAGGAAGAAGGAAAACAAAAAGGCGAAGACGUCAAAAGGAAAAGGAGAGCGAGUGUCUUCCAUCUCAGAUGUGGUGGGAAGAUAUCGGCGUGUCCUUAGACUGGUGCAGAGAGGCUUCAAGAUGACCAAAGCUUUUAAGAAAGCUCAUGUUUCCAGGAAUGCUGUGAAAGACACUGCAGCAAUUGCUGAAGUAUUCCUGGUGGACAAAAGUGUCCUAGACCAGUUUAAGGGUAAAAACACACUUUUAAAAUUAGCCCAACUCUGUCAGAAGAAAAUAGUCGGUGAACUGGCAGAAAAGAUUGCUGAAAUGAAAAGCAAAAAACAGCUCAUCCCCUUUUCUGUCAGGUAA